UUUUUCGUAUUGUGCAUUACACAUUUGGAAGAAGAAGAAGAAGAAGAAGAAGAAGAAGAAGAAGAAGAAGAAGAAGAAGAAGAAGAAGAAGAAGAAGAAGAAGAAGAAGAAGAAGAAAGAAAAAAAAAAAAAAAAAAAAAAAAAAAAAGGAAAGAAAAAAAAAAAGGAAAACCGAUUCCUCCCCCCCCCCCCCCCCCCCCCCUCCCCCCCUCCCCUACUCUGAGAUUUAAAUUCUAGCUGCAGAAACGUGAAUUCCUUAUGCUCGAUUCUUCCUCCUCUAUACUUCUGUCUCACGUUUUUCUCUUCCCCACUUCCAGCAAUUCGUGAUUCUAGAUCUGGUGAUUAGGCAGCAACAUGACAGCAGCUACGACUGCCUUUUCUUAUCGCAGCUGUACGACAGACUACUCCAGGUCGGCAUUAAGAGUGGCUUGAUGACAUUUUCGUGUAGUCGUAUCUUACUAGUUUCUCUAUGUUUCUUCUCUCGUUUUUUCCUCAAGCUAGUAGAGGAAACGUAAAUGGUCUCUUUCAGCUUAGGUACUCGGUACGGAUUCUCAUCUGUCGUUUCCCCUCUCCUUUGCCCGCCUUUUCACCCUCCUAGUCCGUCGUAACCACUUCUUUGCCCGCCGUCUCCCCCCUCCUUGCAUGUCGUUUUACCUCUCUCUCUCUCUCUCUCUCUCUCUCUCUCUCUCUCUCUCUCUCUCUCUCUCUCUCUCUCUCUCUCUCUCUCUCUCUCUCUCUCUCUCUCUCUCUCUCCCUCUCUGCCUCUCUCUACCUCUCUUUCAACUUCUCUCUCUUCGUCUCUUUCCUUUCACCAUCACAUUUUGUGUUAACUUCCCAUGCCUAUUCGUUCUCGGCCUAGCUGCUUGUUGUUCACUCCUUUCAUACGCAAUGCCUAAUAUAAUAUCCACUUUAAUUUUGUGCAGGUUUUCUUGUAAACGCGUUUAUGAGUUCCCUACGGCGUUUUGCUGUAAUUCGUUGGGAUGUUCAAUUAUCUCAUUUUCAGCUUUAUAUUCUUAUAAUUGCUGGUGUCCUGUGUUUGGUCUGAUGUGUCUUGCUGCUGUUAUUUGCUCUCAUUCUCGAUCCACAGCAAUGCAUGUCUGUAUUUUGAAAAAAGAAAGCAUGCUUAUCAAAUCACAAACGGUUCACAGGCGAGCUCCUUGAGUUUCUGUCUCGAACUGGAUUUGAUAGGUUUUGGUUCUUUUUUUGGACAUUACAGAUUGCGUUGCUCCAUCAUUCAGACACUAGGCUUGCUGACUUCCCCCCCAUGCUAGCGCUGGGGAAGCGGUAGCUUAGAGUUUGAGUUUUCACUGUCACAUAAUCAUCAAUUUUUUUUUUCAUGUCAUGAAUGAUUA